GAUCUGCAGACCAAAACGGCCGAGGAGGUAGAAGCAUACAGCAAGGUACUUUGGAAACGCUAUAAAGAGAUACCCGACUGGGAGCAAUGGGUGUCUAAGAUUGAGAAGGGAGAAGAGGCGAUACACAAGCGAGAGGCAACGGAACAAGCCCUCAUGGACAAGGUGGCUUCAUACAAAGACCCCUUCAACACGUUGCAGGUGCCAUAUACCACUAGCACAGGAAACAAAAGCUACAACACAGAAGAGGAUCGCUUCAUGAUUUGCAUGUUGGCCAAACUGGGACUAAACACAGAGAUGGUUUACGACUCUAUAUUGCGGGAGAUACGUAUGGCGCCGCAAUUCAGGUUCGACUGGUUCAUCAAAUCACGGCUAAAUACAGAUAUACAGAAACGCUGCAAUCAACUGCUAAUCAUGUUGGAGAAAGAGAUUGAGGAGAAUGCAGGUAACAAAUCCAAGAAGCAGCGCAGAUGAAGGUUAUGGGUGCCCCAUACCAAGUGUAUGCAUAUGCAUAUACAAUUAAUUGUGUGUGAAUUAUAUGCAGAUGUGGUUGUAUAUGUAAAUACGUGAUACUCAAUCAAACAGUUCUAGGCAUCUCUUUUAUGGGAUACUUGACCGGUUGCACUCCUACACGUAUCAAACAAUAAAGAAUGAAAUGUUCUCGGAUCGUUAGCGUCUCAUAAUUACAAUCCGG